AUGAUUUCAGAGCAAGCGAAUCACCUGAAUCUCUUCAACAAUAGACAGCAGCCGAAGAAGAAGCGCAAAAGUCGAACGGCCUUUACAAAUCAGCAGAUUUUUGAACUGGAGAAACGUUUUCUCUAUCAAAAGUACUUGAGUCCGGCAGAUCGGGAUGAAAUAGCCGCUCAAUUGGGUCUUAGCAACGCUCAGGUGAUAACGUGGUUCCAAAACAGGCGAGCAAAACUCAAAAGAGAUCUCGAAGAGUUGAAGAAAGACGUACAAACUGUUAAUCCUCUUCUUGUCGCUCAACAUAAAACAUUUUUGGAGAAUGCCCAGGACCUUGGAAUACUUAAAAAAAGGCCAUUACCCAGUUCCAUCGACGAUAAGUCAUAG